CUGGCUCCGAUAGAAACUAGAGCACUACAUCAUCAUCAUCAUAAUCGUCCUCUCCUCGAGACACGCAUCAAAGUUCACGUCGCACCGAAAACACAGGUGCCUUGCAGCGCGAGACCGUCGAUAACGGAGUAAAAAGACGGUCCCAUUUAACCGAUCUAAUCUCAAACCUUUUUACAUCAGCAGUUGUUGUUAUUAAUGUGAGUAGAAAGGCUACAGAUACGGUCGUUAUCAUGUCUGACUGCAGGACGCAGUGGAACCGGGAGAACGAGCUGCCGGUCUACCUGGCAGGAACGAUUACAACCGGGCCGAACCAACGGAAAUCCUACGGGAUGUUUUCCUCGGCGGAUGGCGCCUACGACAGCAAGACUGUAGACUGUGAUAACUUUGCCGCGGGAAGGAGAGGAACCAGGACUCCCAGGAGCGUCAGCCGAGACAGCCUCCUCGACCACACCGAUGGCGACGUUCCUAAGACGGCAAGUGAGGCCAGUGAGGUCCGGGCUGUCGGUUCUCAGGUCAGCUCACCCGGGGAGAGAGAGGAUGUGAGGCCGGGUGUGGAGAUUGAGUACCCGGCAGGGAGGCAGUGUCACUCCGGUCAGAAGAAUGGAAAGAGUGAGAGGUUGCUGAUUAAAGGGGGUCGUGUGGUGAAUGACGACCUGUCUCAGUAUGCAGACGUCUAUGUGGAAGAUGGCCUUAUAAAACAGGUGGGUGAUAACCUGGAGGUACCUGAUGAUGUGAGGGUGCUGGAGGUUAAUGGAUGUCUGGUGAUACCUGGAGGUAUAGAUGUGAACACCUGUCUGAUGAAGCCUCACCUGGGCUGUCCACCUGUAGACGACUUCUACCUGGGCAGCAGAGCCGCGUUGGCCGGGGGCACCACCAUGAUCAUUGACCAUGUGACUCCUCAGCCGGGUGACAGCCUGCUGGAAGCGUUUGAGCGCUGGCAGGAGUCAGCUGACAGGAAGUGUUGCUGUGACUACUCGCUGCACGUCGACCUGCCGCACUGGCACCCGGGGGUCAAGGAUGAGCUGGAGGUUCUAGUGCAGGAGAAAGGGAUCAACUCAUUCCAGGUGUAUAUGUCCUAUAAGGAUUCGUUGCAGAUGACUGACUCUCAGUUGUAUGAGGUGUUCUCCUUCCUGAAGGAGUUGGGGGCUGUGGUGAUGCUGCAUGCUGAGAACGGAGACCUCAUUGCUCAGGAACAACGUAAGGUCCUCAGCCUGGGAAUCACUGGACCUGAGGGACACCCCCUGAGUCACCCUGAAGAGCUGGAGGCGGAGGCAGUGUUCCGUGCCAUCACCAUCGGCAACAGAGUCAACUGUCCCGUCUACAUCACCAAGGUGAUGAGCAAGACUGCUGCCGACACCAUUACCCUGGCCAGGAGGAGAGGUUCCGUUGUGUUUGGGGAGCCCAUCACAGCCAGCCUGGCCACAGACGGAUCGCACUAUUGGAGCAAGAACUGGGCCAAGGCCGCCGCCUACGUGACAUCUCCGCCGCUCAGCCCCGACCCCACCACCCCAGAACACCUCCACGACCUGCUGGCCUGGCUCUGGAGUAUAACAUCUUUGAGGGGAUGGUGUGUCGGGGGGGUCCUGUCGUCGUGGUGACCCAGGGGAGGGUGGUCUAUGAGGAGGGGGAGGGGCUCCACGUCCAGCAGGGUUCAGGACGCUUCAUCCCCCGCCAAGCCUUCCCAGACUACGCCUACCAACGCAUC